AUGAGUGGAUGUCCGUACUUUGAGAAGAGGCAUUUGUUAUUCAAAAACAAGCCUCCCAAUCCGGAGGAGGGUGAGGAUGCCUCUCAGGCAGGGGUUAACAAGGCUAGUAAAGGAGGAAUCAUCUAUGGAGACUAUUUGCAGCUGGACAAAAUCAUCUCAGCCCAGGUGUUGCAGAGUGAAGUGAAGGGUAAUAAGAUCCAUGAUGAGCACCUCUUCAUCGUCACCCAUCAAGCCUAUGAACUGUGGUUCAAACAGAUUUUGUUCGAACUGGAUUCAGUGCGACACAUCUUCAUCAGUGGACACGUCCGAGAUGAACGCAACAUGCUCAAAGUCAACACUCGCAUCCACAGGAUCGUGAUGAUCUUCAGACUGUUGGUCGACCAGUUUUCCGUUUUGGAAACAAUGACAGCCUUGGACUUUUUUGACUUUAGGGAAUACCUGGCCCCUGCCUCUGGAUUCCAAAGCCUUCAGUUUCGCAUCUUGGAGAACAAAAUCGGGGUCCCGGACAACCUGAGGGUCCCGUACAACAGACGCCAUUACAGGGACACUUUCAAAGGUCAUGAAAGUGAGAUGCUGCUCGCCACUGAACAGGAGCCGACGCUCAUAAAGCUGGUGGAGGAGUGGCUGGAGAGAACUCCGGGCCUGGAGGUGGAUGGAUUCAAUUUCUGGGAAAGGCUGGAAAUCAAUAUUUUUGAUGGGCUGACUAAGGAGAAGGAGAAAAUCGAGAUAAUGGAAGACUCUGAGGACAAAGAGGAGCUGAUGGCUGAGCUGGUCAAACAGAAAGAGACGUUCACUUCUCUGUUUGAUGAAAAGCGUCACGACCAUCUCCUUAGCAAAGGUGAGAGGCGGCUCUCUUACAAGGCUCUCCAAGGUGCCCUGAUGAUCUACUUUUACAGGGAAGAGCCGAGGUUCCAGGUUCCUUUCCAGCUGCUCACGUCCCUCAUGGAUAUCGACACCCUCAUGACAAAAUGGCGAUACAAUCACGUAUGCAUGGUGCAUCGUAUGAUCGGCAGCAAAGCCGGCACAGGGGGCUCAUCAGGCUACCACUACCUGAGAUCUACUGUCAGUGACCGCUACAAAGUGUUUGUGGAUCUGUUCAAUCUAGCAACGUUCCUGGUGCCUCGCCACUGGGUGCCCAAGCUGAAUCCAAACAUCCAUAAGUUCCUGUACAUGGCCGAAUGCUGCGACAGCUCCUACUGCAGCAGUGAAGACUCAGACUAG